AUCAACAAUAAAUAACAAAGAAAAAAGAAAAAAAAUUGUGGGACCAGAUAGAAAAUACAACAUUACGAAUGAAAAUAUAAUUCCAUAUCUGCAUCUACAAAAUCCAUAUCUAACACAAUAAAAGCUCAGUAAUUUCAUUCAACUUUUUCCUAAAUUCGUCCAAAUAUAAAACGCCCCGAGAAAACGUUCAUCCCCCAAUCUACGUCCACCAAGCUAUCCACGUGUCCUCAACCUCCCAUCACCACCGUCCGUUACAGAUUGCCGGUCAGAACCCUCACGUGCCCAACAAUUUAAUCUCAGCCGUUAAAAUAGCCAAUCAACGGCUCACGAGCUGCCCGAAACGUCGACGGGCAGAUCUGAUUCUCUUUAAGAAGCCCGUGUUGCUAUCACAGAAACUCAUCACCAAAAGAGUCUUAUAUAUAAAGCUUUGAAACCCUCGCCCAUUUCUUAUAAUCUCCGCCGUUGUUCCGCCGUCCGCCGGCGAGUCCUCGAUCAAUAACUCGCCGGAGAUUCUCAUUUCUAACUGAUGACGUCAGCAGUUCUGCCGAGGAUAAACGAGGGGCAGUGGAGGAAUUACGCGCACCACGGCACGGGUUACAAUGCGAUAAACCCUAACCCUAAUUCUGGUUACGGCAGCGCCGGCAUUGGCCGGUUUGUUAGUCAGAACCCUAACCCUAACCCUAGGUAUGUCCAGAGUGUUGAUCGAGGCCAUGUAAGGAAGGGUGACGUGGCGGCGCCGAGAUUUUCGGCGGAUGUUUCGCCGGACUGUUGUGUAGUGGAGAAGGAGACGGCACGUGACGGUCACGUGAUAUUUCAUCUGGACUUGUAUUCGAGGAGUGAGUUGAAGGAGUUGAAGAACCGGCUUGUUUCGGAUCUUGAACGGGUCAGGAGUGUUAUGUACGAAAUUAAGUCACGUGAAUCGGAGGCUCGAUUGAACCGGUCUUUCGGUCCGCCUUCGGGUCAGAUUAAUAAUGUGGUUUCGAAUGUUAAGAAAGGCGGUUCGGGGAAGAAGAGUGGGCCCGGGAAGAUUCUAGGGCAAAAGAGGGGAAUGCAGGUGUCGUCGAAUCGAGAAAUUAAGAGGCCUGUGAAGAAUGUGGUGUUUGAUUCGACGGCUACGAGGAAGGUUGAGGCGGUGAUGAGGAGGAAAUGUGGAGCGAUUUUGUCGAAAUUGAUGAAACAUAAGCAUGGUUGGGUGUUUAAUAAGCCGGUGGAUGCGGUUGCUUUGGGGCUUCAUAAUUAUCAUCAAGUAAUUAAGCGUCCGAUGGAUCUAGGUACGGUGAAGACGAAGCUUGGUAAGCAUUUAUAUGGAACACCGGCUGAUUUUGCUGCUGAUGUGAGAUUGAUUUUUGAUAAUGCUAUGACUUAUAAUCCGAAAGGGGAUGAUGCUCAUACCAUGGCUAGUAUCCUGCUCGAUAAGUUUGAGGAAUUGUUUGUUCCGGCUUAUAAUGAGUUUGAGGCUGAAAGGCAGCGGAUUGUUGUUGCACAGCAGAAUUAUAGCAAGCCUUUGCCUAGGUUGGCGGAAGCACAGAUAGUCGCGACCCAGGUGAAAAUGGAGAAGCCUGUGCAAAUGCAUUCUCAGGGGGCAUUCACUAAUGUGGUACCUCCAGUUCAGGCAUCGGCUGCGAAAGUUUGCAAUGUUGCUAAGAAGUCUUUGAGUGUACAGCAAAAGAUGGUGCCCGAGGCAAAGCCAAUUGUAUCAAACAGAAGAGAAAUGAGUGACGGGGAUAGGGAGAAGUUGGGGCUUAUCUUGCAGGACUUGGCUGGGGAAUAUUUGAAUGAUAUUUUGCAAAUUGUGGCCAAGCGGAAUUCUGAAUUGGCUUCCCCGGGUGGUGAUGGGGAAAUUGAACUCGAUGUUCAUGCCCUUGACAGUGAGACAAUGUGGGAUUUGGAAAAGUUUGCGAGGCUUCACAAAAAAGCUGCUCGGAACAGGAUGAGGAAAGAAGAGCUAGUAAAUCAUUUGGCAUCAAACUUGGAGAACAUCAAGCAGUCUCCAGUUGCGACUAUGGAAGAACCACAUGUCCCGACAAUGCUGAAGGUUGAGGAGGACAUUGACAUUGGCGAUGAAAUACCAAUGUACGAUUACCCUCCAGUAGAGAUUGAGAGGGAUGCUCCAAGUCCUAUCAGAUCAAGCAACUCGAGCAGCUCAAGUUCUGGAACUGACUCUUCAAGUGGUAAGGGAUGCAGUUUCUUGAGAUUUGUCGUGCAGUUCUAUAGUUUCCUGUACUUUGAAGAGGGUUUUUAGUUUCCUGUACUUUGAAGAGGGUUUUUAGUAAUGUGUAUAUCGUGUUGUUUGUGUGUGGAAGCAGAAUCUGAAAGCUCUUCGGGAAGUGACUCGGAUGGAAGUGUGCAUUCACAGGAAGCCACCUAAGAAAUUCCACCAGGAACAUGAGCUCCUCAAGGCAUAUGGUCAAUUUUUGGGUAUCUAAAGACUAAAGAUGUGUAGUUAAUCAGUGUAAAAAGAACUGACUAGAGACAAAGAUUUGGUAGGUAAAGCCAGAUAUGUAGGUAGGCGAAAUGUAGAAGAUCUGAGAAAUAUGUUAGGCAGACAGAGUUGUUGAUUAGGAGUAAAGGGCAAGAAGUGUUGGGAGUAUUGCUUGUAUGACUAUUAUCAUACAUGAUUUUGCUUGAUGGGUUGAAGGAAAGCUUAUGGCAGAGAAGAUGUACAGAGUAACUAGUAUCCAAAUGAAAUAUAUAUAUCAAGUCUUCUAAAUUUGUGCA